GAUGACAUACUUACAGCCUCCUCGCAGGCUCUCACUCUCUCUCAGCCUCUCACCCUCUCUCACUCUCACCCUCUUUUCCUCUCUCUUCUCCCUCUCUCUCUUUCUCCAUCUCUUUUCUUCACUCUUAUUUGCCAACAUCACUUCCUCCAAAUCGUUUUCUCCUGGCCGUUAGUUCUCCAGCUUAUUGAUAUUGAAUCACUGGCCACUGGCUGUGAGCUAUCGAUCUAGUGGAUCCUGAAGACCAGCUCUGCCAUGUCAGGCAAGGACGAGCAGCAGAAGGACGCUGGCGGAUGGGACUACAUCUGGAACCCCAGGACCAAUGAGUUCCUUGGCAGGACCGCCAAAAGCUGGGGGCUGAUUCUGUCCUUCUACCUGGUGUUUUACCUCUUCCUGGCUGGGAUGUUUGUGUUCACCAUGUACGUCAUGCUGCUGACGCUCGACGACUUCACGCCCACAAACCAGGACCGCCUCGUGACCCCAGGGUUAAUGAUUCGUCCUCGAGGAGAGCUGCUUGAACUCCGCUUCUCUCCUGAGAACACAGAGACGUGGGACGCACACGCCCAGAGCCUCGACACCUUCCUGGAACCGUACAACGACAUCUAUCAGGCUCAGACCAACGAUGAUUGUGUGCCCGACCAGUUCUUCAUUCAAGAGGACAGUGCGGAGGUCAGGAACCAUCCGAAGCGCUCCUGUCAGUUUAAUCGCACUGUGCUGGAGGAAUGUUCCGGGCUCCAAGAUCGUUCCUAUGGUUACCAGAGUGGUCAGCCCUGUGUCCUCAUCAAACUCAACCGGGUGAUUGGAAUGUUACCAGGGAAGGAGGGCCUGUCACCCUACGUUACCUGUGCUUCAAAGAAAGAAGAUGUAAAUCUCGGACAGCUUGCAUAUUUUCCUUCCAAUGCAGCUUUCAACUUGAUGUACUACCCCUACUACGGCAAGAGAGCCCAGGUGAACUACACACAGCCCUUGGUGGCAGUGAAGUUCAUGAACCUGACGAUGAACCAGGAUGUGGCGGUGGAGUGUGUGGUGGUCUCCAACACCAUUGCCCCGGGAGCCGAGAGAGACAAGUUUGCCGGCCGAGUUUCCUUCAAACUGAGAGUUAGCGACCAGUAGAACACAACCAUCCACACCCCCACUCACACACACAUGCACACAGACACACACCCACACGUGCACACGCACUCACCCACACACACACACACACACACACCCAACCACCCACACAUACACAUACCCACACCCAGCGACACCCCCCCCACCCACACACACACACACACACACACACCACCCACCCCCCCCCACACACAGACACAUAAACACCCACACCGCCACCCCCCCCACACACACAAACACACAAAUGCACACACCCACACAUGCACACGCACACACACAAACACAGAUGUGUGACCUUGUGAACUUGAACUGUCCUUAGUAAGACACACAUUUAUCGAUCCAGACCAAUCCUCUGCACUUCCUGGUUGGAGAGCCCAUUAGCCAAUCACAUGGCUGUUGAUAGCCCUGUGCCAAUCUUGUUCUUGAUCCUUUUUCUGGAUUUGUUGUUCUAUCCUCAAUGUAAGAUGUGUUUUGGAAAAUAAAAAAUUAAAAUACA